AUCGAGCUGUUCCAGGCCUUUUUCCUGGUGGCCGACGACAUCAUGGAUGCGUCCCUCACCCGCCGGGGGCAGCUCUGCUGGUACAAGAAGGAGGGGAUUGGUCUGGAUGCCAUCAAUGAUGCCUUCCUCCUCGAGUCAUCCGUCUACAGGCUGCUGAAGAAGUACUGUGGGGAGCGUCCGUACUACCUGCACCUCCUGGAGCUUUUCUUGCAGACUGCCUAUCAGACCGAGCUUGGGCAGACGCUGGACCUCAUCACUGCUCCCAUUUCCCAGGUGGAUUUGAAUCGCUUCAGUGAGCAGAGGUAUAAGGCAAUUGUGAAGUACAAGACUGCGUUCUACUCCUUCUACCUGCCUGUGGCUGCUGCCAUGUACAUGGCUGGUAUUGACAGCAAGGAGGAGCAUGAGAAUGCCAAAGCAAUCUUGCUGGAGAUGGGUGAAUUCUUUCAGAUCCAGGAUGAUUACCUGGACUGCUUUGGGGACCCAGAGCUGACAGGGAAGGUUGGCACUGAUAUCCAGGACAAUAAGUGCAGCUGGCUGGUGGUGGAGUGUCUGCGUCGGGUCACACCAGAGCAGAGGCGGAUCCUGGAGGAGAACUAUGGUUGCAAGGAGCCCGAGAAGGUGGCAAAGGUGAAGGAGCUGUAUGAAGCUUUGGGUAUGAGGGCUGUUUUCCAGGAGUAUGAGGAGA